AUGGUGUUUGCACUGGAGGAAAUCAAUCACAGUACAACCUUGCUGCCAGGUGUGAAGCUGGGCUACUAUAUUUUUGAUAGCAGUGGCCGACCGCCAUGGGGUCUCCAGGCAGCACUGUCACUGGUUGGAGGAGAAAGCGCGAGCUGUGAUCACCCUGUUCCCUUGAUCAUCGGUGGUGCUUCAUCCCAAGAAGCCAAGAUACUCUCCAGAAUCUUGGGCCCACUCUCUGUACCUGUAAUUAGCUACCUGGCAAGCUGUCCCUGUCUAAGUAACAGGCUUCAAUUUCCUAACUUCUUCAGGACCAUACCCAGUGAUAUUUACCAAGCUCGGGCCAUUGCUCAGCUUGCCAUACGCUUUAAUUGGACCUGGAUUGGGGCAGUGGUGGAAAACACCGAUUAUGGCCAUGUUGCAUUAAAGGUAUUUCAGGAGGAGACUCAGGGGGCAGGAGUGUGUCUGGCAUUUGUAGAGAUUCUCCAAGGGGAAAACAUUGUGAGUGAUGCCAGACGAGCAGCCGUCACAAUUCAGACCUCGACCGCAAAAGUGAUUCUGAUCUUUUCCUGGUACACAGAUGUGACGGAACUGUUCCUGCAACUCUCCAAGAUAAAUGUGACUGACAGACAGUUUCUGGCCAGUGAGGCUUGGAGCACCAGUGGUGAUCUUCUCCAAAAUGUUGUCACAAGUAAAGUGGCAAAAGGUGUUCUUGGUGUUGCCAUUAGAAGUUCAGCUGUUUCUGGAUUUGAAAAUUAUAUCAGAGGUUUGCACCCAAUUUAUCAACCUGAUGAUGAGUUCUUAAGAGAAUUGUGGGAAGCUGAAUUUGGAUGCAGUCCUCAACUUUCAACUCCUGCGAAAACUCUUCAGAGAGCUUCACUAUCACCCUGCAGAGGCACAGAGUCCCUAGAGGGAGUACAGAAUCAGUUCACCGACGUCUCUCAGCUAAGAGUGACAUAUAAUGUCUACCUUGCUGUUUAUGCCGCAGCCCACGCCCUUCACAGCCUUCUGUCCUGCCCCGACACAGACAGCUCACACGGAAACAACAGACCCACCUGCUCUUCUCCAAAACAUAUCAAAUCCAUAGAGCUGUUGCAGCACUUGAACAAUGUGAACUUCACAACGCCACAGGGUGAAAAGUUUUAUUUCCAAGAGGGCGACAUUCCAGCAAAGUAUGACCUUGUCAACUGGCAGAACACCCCUGAGGGGUCACUCAGACUUGUUUUGAUUGGUCGUGUGGACGGGUUUGACCUCCACCUCAACCAGUCAGCUGUUAUGUGGAGCACCGGAUCCAAUCAGGUGCCUACUUCAGUGUGCAGUGAGAGCUGCCCCCCAGGCACACGAAAGGCCAGCAGGAAAGGUGAACCUCUCUGCUGCUAUGACUGUAUUCCAUGUGCAGAUGGGGAGAUUAGCAAUCAAACUGGUUCCCUUCACUGUGAGCGUUGUCCAUUAGAGUUUUGGUCCAAUGCUAAACGAACUGCCUGCAUCCCUCGCCAGCUGGACUUCCUUUCCUUUAAUGAAACUUUGGGCAUUACUCUGUCUACAGCAGCUGUGUCUGGUACUGUGGUGACAACAGCUGUAUUUGUGGUGUUUCUCUGCUACCGUCAAACACCUAUGGUUCGAGCCAACAAUUCAGAACUGAGCUUCCUGCUUCUCCUGUCGCUGAAGCUCUGCUUUCUGUGCUCACUGGUGUUCAUUGGUCGUCCAUCAGUCUGGGCUUGUUGGUUCCAGCAGGCAGCUUUUGGGAUCAGCUUUGUACUUUGUGUUUCCUGCCUCCAAGUCAAAACCAUAGUAGUUCUGGCAGCUUUCCGCUCAGCUCGGCCUGGUGCUGAAGGCUUGAUUAAGUGGUUUGGUCCAGGCCAACAGAGAGGAAGUGUUUUCAUUCUUACUUGUAUCCAGAUUAUCAUCUGUGUCACAUGGCUGUCCCUCAGCCCCCCCGUGCCUCAACGUGAUCUGGGUUUUCAGGGGUCAAAGGUCACCCUGGGGUGCGCCAUGUCCUCUGUGGUGGGCUUCUCUCUGGUUCUAGGUUACAUUGGUUUGUUGGCCUGCACCUGCCUUCUCUUGGCCUUUCUUGCUCGGAAACUCCCUGACAACUUCAAUGAGGCCAAACUGAUCACCUUCAGCAUGCUGAUAUUCUGUGCUGUCUGGGUGGCCUUUGUCCCUGCUUAUGUUAGCUCUCCUGGGAAAUAUGCUGUUGCUGUGGAGGUUUUUGCAAUCCUGGCCUCUAGCUAUGGUUUACUGCUCUGCAUUUUUGCCCCGAAAUGUUUCAUCAUUCUCUUGAGGCCUGAGAAAAACAGCAAGAAACACCUGAUGGCCAGAUAA